AUGCUGAUAGGCGCAGGACUGGCUAGCCUGAAUCUUCUAAUCCAGCAGCAACCAGCGACGGCUGCUGACCAAGCGGAAGUGAGUCUACAAAAUGCAACUGAACUUCAGUCGAUGCCCAUAUCUGAGGCUGCCGCCAGUCCAAACGUAAACAAAGAACAUUAUGAAACGCCGUCAGUACGUCUGAAUUACCAACCAGAGACCACGACGCAGGAGGCUCCGGGGUCAGGCCUACCCGGUCAGCAACAUCAGCAUCAACAAACAUAUUUGCAAAAUAUUCCGGCUGUUGAUGAAUCACACAAGGCUCUCGAAUUGUAUGUGGAUGGUUUAAGUGCUGAUAUCGAUGCGGACACGUUAAGGACCUACUUCGCAAGCUUUGGGGAAGUGCUCGAUGUGGAUAUAUCUGUGGAUGCCCCAACAGGCCAAUCCAGUGAACAUACCUACAUUACACUGCGAGCGACAGUAGAUACGGACCAAAUCCUGAAAACAAAACAUGUUGUACGUGGAGUGUCGAUCAACGUUGAGGAGUUUUAUUCAUCCGACGAUUCUACAAAGAACGCACAAAGUUUCGCAGAGAUCCCUAAACAAGAGCACGAAGUUUUGGAACAACUGCCUCCGACUUACCAAUUAGAAAACGCGGAACAAAAGGAGCCCUGUCUAACUGAAACCCUUCAGGAGCAACAGCUGCCGUCUUCGGAACAACACCACGAUUUGCAAAUUCAGGAGACUGUCUGCCCACCACAAAAGCUACUCGAGUUGUACGUUGAUGGUUUGAGCGCUGCAAUCACCUCGGAGAACUUGAAGAUCCACUUUGAACAAUUUGGUGAGGUGCUCGACGUAGACAUGUCUGGGGAUGACUCAACGAACGCGCCCAGUGGAAAUGCCUACAUUACACUGCAACCGACGGGAGAUCCCAACAAAAUCCUCGAAACAGAGCACGUUGUAUGCGGAGUGCCGAUUAGACUUGAGGAGUGUUUUUCAUCCGACGAUUCUGAAAAUAACUCAGAAAGGUAG